AUGGUACACCAGCGCCUUAUCAGGUUUGAGGUGAAUUCCGGAGCAGCAUGCACGCUCAUCAGCGAGGACACUUUUCGCGCCACUUGGCGUGAGAACGCGCCAGCUCUCCAGCAAGACGACACGCAGCUGAGAACGUGGUCCGGACAUUCUCUUCCACUACUGGGCUGUGCCAACGUAGACGUGUACUACAACGGUCAGACCCAUCAGCUCCCCUUGCUAGUCGUUCACGGUUCUGGAUCAAGCCUUUUAGGACGAAAUUGGUUCACCCCUCUUGGAGUGGUCAUUGGCGGAGUUCACCACACACCCAGCUAUCCGUCAGUGGAGGAGCUUCGAAAUAAGUACAAAGCGGUUUUCUCCGAAGAAAUACCAGGAAACAACGGACCUCCAGUCACACUGGAGCUGCGGGAGGAUGCGACGCCGAAAUUUUUGAAAGCUAGGUCGGUACCUUUCGCCUUACGAACGUCUGUCGAGAAUGAGCUUGACCGGCUGCAGGAACAAGGGAUCAUCGAACCGACGCAACAUUCGGAAUGGGCUACACCACUCGUUGUCGUCCGAAAGAAGAACGGUACCCUACGCCUCUGCGGAGACUACCGGAGCACUGUCAACCUGGCGACAAAAGCAUCUUCCUACCCACUUCUGACACCGGAAGAGGUUUUUAGCACGCUUCGUGGUGGAAAAAUCUUCAGCACCUUGGACUUGACACAAGCCUACCAGCAGCUGAAGGUGAGCGAAUCAACGUCUGAACUGCUCACGAUACACACCACUAAGGGUCUCUACGAAGUUAAAAGGCUACCAUUCGGAAUAUCUGCAGCGCCAGCAAUCUUCCAGAAAUUUAUCGAGUCUACACUUAGCGGGAUCCCUGGCGUUUGCGUCUACUUGGACGAUGUUAUUCUCGGUGGCGCCUAUAAUGAAGAGCACACAGAACGCUUGGAGCUCAUUUUGGAAAAGCUUUCAAAUGCUUACUUGCGCAUCAGCAAAGAAAAAAUGUGUUUUUGCGGUGCCUGA